UUGUAUCGUUUCAUUCAGGGUAAAGGAUAUCCUGAUAUAUGCACACGUAAAGUAUUGCGUUGGUUGGUUGAAAAAUUGAAUGUUCCAAUUUACGGCUUAUUUGACAGCGAUCCUCACGGUAUCCUUAUGCUUGAUACCUUGAGUAUCGAGAUAAUGUUAACGUUUAAAUAUGGAUCCUUGUCAGAUUGCAGAGAAGGACAAGGCUGCCAUGUGAAACAAAUUCAGUGGCUUGGAUUCAAGCCGUCAGAUAUAUCACGUUUACCCAUUAUGCAGCACCAAUUCCUGAACCUCUCGAAUCGCGAUUUCAUGAAAAUAUCGAAAAUUCGUCGCAGAGCUCAAGGACUGGGAGAAAACGACAUCGUCACCGAGGUUUUUUUAUUUUAA